AUGACUCCAGACAUAAAUGAAAUUGGAUCUAAAAAAGUGAAAAGUAUUCCUAGCGGUGAGUCGGUCGAGAUAAAGAGUUUUUGGCAGGAUCAAAAUGUCGCCAUUAUUUUCUUUCGUCGCUGGGGAUGUAUGUUCUGCAGGUUGUGGGCUAAGGAGUUGGGAGAAAUCGCACCGAUCCUCAAGAAGAAUAACAUAAGACUUAUCGGUAUUGGUGUCGAAGAUGCUGGUUCUAAGGAGUUUAUCGAUGGAAAGUUUUUCGAUGGAGAUCUAUAUUACGUCGAAGAUAGGUCAACAUAUCAAAUGCUCGGAUUUAAAAGAUUCAACGUGGUUUCCAUAAUCACAUCGUUGUUCUGGAAACAGUCCAGGGAGGCGAUAGCGAAAGGGAAAAGCAUGGGACUAGGUGGUGAUUUAAAAGGAGAUUGGGUGCAGACGGGCGGUGCUUUGUUAGUGGAAAAGGGCGGGAAAGUCCUCCGCCAUUUUGCGCAGACGGGACCGAGUGAUCAUUUGUCGAAUAAAGAUAUUUUGAAGCUAUUCGAUUUGGAAAAUGAAUAUAAAGCAGAGACAAUGGCAAACCAGAAACGAGAAGAGAUGGAGUGCAAUACAGAGGCGGCAUCAUAAGCCAUGGCGAAUGAUUCUACGGGAGUGCCCUCUUACUCCCAUACACAAUAUAUGGGCUGAGAGACGAUGUAAGCAAAGCCAGGUCUAAUUACUAGAGUAUUAAUCUAAUUUUAUUAAAAAUUAAAUGUGUUUUAUACGGUGAUGGUGUAAAUUAUACAUUUGUGGCCGUGCAAGUGAUAUCAAAGAGACGGUGUGAAGAUUUAAUAUUAAAUAUAAUGCUAAAAUAUUUAACAAAUAAUUUGAAA